AUGGUUGGCCCGCCACCUCUCACCGGGCUCAAGGUCCUCGAAUUCGCCGGCCUUGCACCAGGCCCCUUUGCCGGCAUGCUCCUCGCCGACGCCGGCGCCAGCGUCCUCCGCAUCGACCGCGCUGUGCCCCAGGCCGACGGCAAGGGGAAGCCCCUGCCGACCGAAGACAUGCUCGCGCGCCACAAGGCCUCGAUCGCCGUCGACCUCAAGGCCCCCGCCGGCGUCGCCCUCGUCAAGACGCUCGUCGCCUCGGCCGACAUGCUCAUCGAUCCCUUCCGACCAGGCGUGCUCGAGAAGCUCGGCCUCGGCCCCGACGUCCUCUGCGCCCUGAACCCGCGCCUCAUCUACGGCCGCAUGACCGGCUUCCGCCGCGACGGCAAGUACGCCGCCAUGGCCGGCCACGACAUCAACUACCUCGCCGUCUCGGGCGCCCUCGGCGUCCUCGGCCGCGACGGCGAGAAGCCCCAUCCGCCCUGGAACAUCCUCGCCGACUUUGCCGGCGGCGGCGCCACGCUCUUCCAGGGCCUCCUCCUCGCCGUCGUCGCGCGCCACGCCACCGGCCGCGGCCAGGUCGUCGAGGCCAACAUGGUCGACGGCGCGAGCUACCUGACGACCUUCCCGCGCUUCGCCCUCAAGACGCCGCUCGGCAGCAACGGCCGCGGACGCAACCUCCUCGACGGCGGCUGCCCGUACUACGACACGUACGAGACGAGCGACGGCAGGUACAUGUCGGUCGGCGCCCUCGAGCCUCAGUUCUACAAGGCCCUGAUCCGGGGCCUCGGCCUCGAGGGCCAGGGCUGGGAGGCAAAACGACAGGAUCCGCAGGUGUGGCCCGCGAUGCGCGCCCUCUUCACAGAUGUCUUCCUCUCGAAACCCCGAACGGAGUGGGAAGCCAUCUUCGACGGCACCGACGCGUGCUGCACGCCCGUGUUGGAGUACCCCGAGCUCGAGUCGGAAGCGGGGCGCGAGGGCGACCAGCGCCCCGCCGUCACGCUCGUUGAAACACCAUGCCUUGCCGUCGUCGCAGGGGCCAAGGAUGCGCGCCAGGGCCAAGGGCCCGGGGUGCCCGGCGAUGGAUACGUCGGCAUCCCGCUGCGUCCUGGAGACGGCGGCGAGGCUGUGCUGCAGGAAUGGCUGGGCUGGAGCAGCGGCAAGGAGUUUGAAGUGCUGCGAGGAGGCUUGGUCCUCAAGUCAAAACUGUAG